AUGGGUCCUCCGCGAGGUCCUCGUGGUGGCUCUGCCGCCCGCCCCUCCCGAAACGUCGCCGGCGCUCGCACGACCGAUCGUGGUGGAAUCCAGAAGCGACGAGCUGCAGGCCCCCGCACCGAUAUGGAUGGGGAUCUCGAUAUGGAUGGCGAAGGCCGACGCGCGAAGAGACCAGCGGUUGGAGACGCAAAGACUUCUCGACCUACCCGAGCCGGCCGCGGCGGCCGCGGUUCAGCUGCAGCACCUCCCAGGAUGCCCAGCAAGCAGGCCCAGAUCAUCGCUCGCCAUCUCAACGGCGGUGGUCCACUAGCAUCUCGCAUCGCCAACGUUACCACCCGAUCUCAGAGGACUCCUCCCACACUCGUGUGGUUGCGGGUGAAGGGCUUGAAGGAAAGCAAGGCUGCGACGAACCCUGGCGGAGGAGUCAAGGACCUACUACACUUCCUCGAAAGGAAGGCCACAUCCCUAGCGAACCGAACAUCCAACCGACCGGUAGCUAUUAAACAGCAUCGCGAACAAGGUGAAUUCAUUCUAGUUGCCGCUACCAAGGAAGACUCGGAGGAACUCCUCAAGGUCAACACUUUCACUUUCGCAGGAGCCGCCUUAUCGGUGACAAUCGAUGAGCAGCAAGGUCCAAAGGAGGCAGAGACGUCUGCGGACGCGAAAUUGCUUCGUGAUCACCUGCAGUCCAUACUCAGCAACCGCUAUGCCGGUGCUGCCAAGCUUCUCAAGCUUGACUCUUUGAGCUCAGACCCCGCCAUCGUGCAGGCCGGUCUGCUCGCCAGCUCUGAGCGAGCUGAGAAGAUGUUCAAGGCUCUCAUGAGAGUCUGCGAUGACUUGUUCAAAACCCGAAAGGAAAAGAGCGAGGCCAUCGAGAGCAUCAGCGUUGCCAACAACAGCAUUGACAACGUAAACCAAGUCGCCGUUCUCGGCGAUACAUUCCCUGAUCUCCUAAACCUAGACCUCAGUGGGAAUAAAAUCCCCAACAUCGACGGUCUACUUGCCUUGAAGGGAAGGUUCAAACGCCUUCGAGCGCUCUACGUCGCCAACAACCCGAUCGAGACCAACCAGCCGGACUACAAAACCACCAUGCUUGAGUGGUUCCCCAGCCUCCAGGACCUUAACGGUAUCCAAGUCCGCACGCCUGAGCAAGCCGCCGCGGCACAAGCAGCCCUGUUGCCGAAGCCCUUCCCUCAAGGCGGACCCGAUUUCCGCGACGCAAACAACAUUGGUGAGAGUUUCCUACUGGACUUCUACACCAACUACGACAACCACCGUCCCGAGCUUGUCACCAAGUACUACGAUGACCAGAGCAAUUUCUCGCUCGCUGUCGACACUGAGUCUGCCCGCGAUCCCAACCAGCCUCCACCCUUGCCGUGGGCAGCCUACCUCAAGUUCUCACGAAAUCUCACCAAGAUCACACACCCACCCGCUCGUAUCCAACGACUUUUCAAAGGGGCCGCUGUCAUCUCAGAGCUUUGGAAGACCCUUCCCGCUACCAAGCACCCCGAUCUGAAGCAGGAAGUGAGCAAGUACAUUAUGGACUGUCACCCGCUUCCCGGCCUUGCCGACCCGACUGGCCAGGUCAAGCGCGGCGUCGAUGGCCUGAUCAUUACCAUUCACGGCGAGUUUGACGAAUUUGAUCAGAAAUCUGGAUCGACCGGUAAGCGAAGCUUUUCGCGCACUUUCAUCCUCGGACCCGGCAUUCCCGGAAAGAACCCCAUCCGCGUCGUAAGCGACAUGUUCUCUCUCAGGGCAUACAACCCCUUGCCAAACAUUUUCGCGGCCCCCGCCCCCUCCCCCGCGACUGCCGAGGCUGCCGUCACUGCCGAGCAGCAACAACAGCGAGCCGCCAUGGUUGCGGAGCUCUGUAAACAAAGUGGCAUGACUCCCCAGUAUGCGGAGCUCUGCCUUUCUGAUCCUUCUGUCAACUGGGACUUCCAGAAGGCCGUGGCCAUCUUCAAUGAAAGAAAGACCAACCUCCCACCUGAUGCAUUUGCAACCCGGAGUAGCUAG